AUGGCUGCUGGCCCCGGCCGCGUGGACCUGGGCGCGCCCCCGAGCCCCGCGCGCCCCGAGCCCGCGCCCACCCGCUUCCACCCGGUGCACGGCGCCAACAUCCGCGUGGACCCCUCCGGGACGCGGGCCACGCGCGUGGAGAGCUUCGCGCACGGCGUGUGCUUCAGCCGCGAGCCGCUGGCGCCGGGCCAGGUCUUCCUGGUGGAGAUCGAGGAGAAGGAGCUGGGCUGGUGCGGCCACCUGCGCCUCGGCCUGACCGCCCUGGACCCCGCCGGCCUGGCCGCCGUGCCCGAGUUCUCGCUGCCCGACCUGGUCAGCCUCGGCCACACCUGGGUCUUCGCCAUCACGCGCCAUCACAAUCGCGUGCCCCCGGGGGGCCUCGGCGAGCCCGCGGCGGCCGCCCCCAGCCGCCCCCCACCCCUCCUGGCCGAGCCCUAUCUGUGCGUUGAGCAGUUUCGCAUCCCCCGCGACCGCCUGGUGGGCCGCAGCCGGCCUGGGCUCUACAGCCACCUCCUGGACCAGCUCUAUGAGCUCAACGUGCUGCCCCCCACGGCGCGCCGCAGCCGCCUGGGCGUUCUCUUCUGCCCGCGGCCCGACGGCACGGCCGACAUGCACAUCGUCAUCAACGGCGAGGACAUGGGCCCCAGCGCCAGGGGGCUGCCCGCGGCCCAGCCCCUCUAUGCCGUGGUGGAUGUGUUCGCCUCCACCAAGAGCGUGCGCCUGGUCCAGCUGGAGUACGGCUAACCUCCUGAGCUACAUUAGCCGCCCUGAAACUACCCUCCCUGCAGACGCUGUGCCGUGUAGUGAUCCAGAAGAACGUGGUGCACCGGUUGGCCAUUGACCGGCUUCACCUGCCCACCGGACUUAAGGAUUUCUGCAAGUACGAGUAACGGCCUGCAGCCUCGCGGGGCCGUCUCGGAGGUUGGCCUCGCUGCCGCCAGCUCUGAUGAGAAAUAAUAAAUGGCCGAGGCUGAGAUUGA